UCGACGUAUCGGUGCUGAACGUGUUGCGUCUGGCGACCCAUCGAUCGGUGAGCCUGGAGGAGUGAUCGGCAACAUGGCCGGGAGCAGGCUGGAGAAAUUCGGCAGCGUCUUCACAAGGGUCCGAGACUUGUUGCGCUCUGGUGUGCUGAAGGAAUCUGAGAAGCCUAUCUGGUAUGAUGUGUAUGCUACGUUCCCUCCGAAACGUGAACCUAUCUACCGGAAACCAAGAGAACGAUUUGGAAAAGCCCAAGACCCAGUUCAGGAGAUAUUCUACCAAGAAGAUGUGAUUCGAGCGAAAUUCUACAAGGUGUAUGGAAAUGGGCCAAGAGCAUUUGACCUUGCAAGAUCCAAUUUUGUCUCCACGUGCCAAAGGUUUGUGGAGAAAUACCAAGCUCUGGAGGCAGAAGGCGAAACCGAUGAAGAGAAGCUUUUCGAAGGAGCGAGCAGGGCACUGCUGGCGGAGGGCAUCAUUUUACGCAGGUGGGCCAGCACCAAGAACAUAAUAUGUGCCACGGUAGUGCCUUUACAGCUCAAGAGUGUCGGAGUUCAGAGUUCAGUUCCAGCGUCCUCUAUUUCACCGAAGAGCUUGCUAAGUAAUGUUCUCUCAGAGUCGGUGCCACAGGGCUCUGCGUUGGACUCGAAGCUGCAGGAUAUGCCCAAGGAUGUGCAAGAGGAAGACACAGAGAAGGCCAGCCACCCACAGUGACAGGAGCCUGUGCCCUGCAUAAAUAGUUUCCACUUGGGUACUGUGGACUCGCUCACUUCCAAUUCCUGACCCCUGAGCACCAACGUGACCCCUCGAAGAGGACAGAAUCUGACUGUUAGCACUUGGUACAAUCUGAGGCACGCAAACCUGCUGCCUAAAGCCAGUGUCCGGAAACAGCAUGUAAAAAAACAUCCGUCUCCACGGCUUCCUGACCUGCUGAGUUCCUCCAGCACUUGGUUUUCUGGCUGCAGGUUCUAGCAUCUUCUGUCUCCUGAAAUAUUGCGUGAAAAAGUAUCACCAAACUUCAUCCUGUAUUUCUUUUUACAUUGAGCUUGAGUAGGCACGAAGGAGGGGGGUUUAAGCAGCUGUCGGUGUGUUUGCCAAUGAAAGAACAGCUUUUUCAUCAAAAUAAACUUUAAUUGUAAUUUAACAAGUAUUGACAAGAAUAAACAGUUCAAUGCUCUUUUCCUAGUCGAUGCGUUAAGCUGUGUUCUGUUACAUUCCUUUAAUCCCUCACGGCCCCGUGAGGUGGUUUACAGGUGGUGGUUGUCCAUCGUGACCGACAAUGACAGGAGGCCUGUGCGGUAGUUUUCUUUAAGUGGAAAAGUUGUUGCACUGAGGCAGUUUUGCUCUCUUGACCUCAAGUCUGGGACCAGUGGUGCAAAUGAGCGUCACAGACCGGGGUCUUCCUUGGUUUCAGUGGAUGACCCUGACAUCUUCUGUGCCUCAUCAUGUCCAUCGCUCUCCUCGCAGUGUUGCAGAACCGCCUUCCGAGUUAUUGGAUCUCACUGCAGAUGUUCCCCCCACCCCCAGUAUGCCGGAGCUGACUUCGCAAGCAAGGACAGGCACGUCCCUCUCUCACCGGGGUAUGAGGCCACCGGCUACCCUCACCUGGUUCAGCCCGCCUGUCGAAGUGGUGUGCCGGGGUGUAGCCGCUGUCACAUGCAAACAGCUGCUUGGAGCCACAGGUGAGAGAUGAGUGUACGGUGCGGACCGGUGGUGAGUGAGUUGCCCCAGAAUGGACACGACAAAUCACUUCACCAGAGGUGUUAUCCUCCCUCAAUACCCCAAACACCACAAUAGUAAUUAGGGGGCUUCCUCUCACAAAUUGGACCCUCUGUCUCCAGUAGUGGAAGAACUGUAAAAAUAAAAUAAACUUUACUCCUAAUUAUGUAGAUGUUUACAAGAAUAAAACAUGCAAUCCUUUUCAAA